ACCCCUCUCUCUCUCUCUCUUCUCUUCUCUCUCUAGCUUCUCAAUCGUUCACUCACUCUUUUGGUAGCGCUAUACUAACAAUACCUCUAUACCAUCCUGACUUGGCCCGCUUCGACUCGGCCUUUCUUUCGUGAUAGUUCCUAAGAAGUCUCAGUCGGCCUUCUCAGCAGCCUUGUCGUCCUUAGAAAGCAGAUAUCGAAUCGAACCUUGCAACUCUGCUUAUUCCGCUUGCUUUUCGAACUUGAUGCUGAAAUGAGCUCUUUCUCUAUUACACGGAAAAAGACACCCUUCCAAAAGCAUAGAGAGGAAGAGGAGGCAAAGAAAAAGAGAGCUGAGGAUGAAACAGCACGAUUGUACGCGGAGUUUGUGGAGUCUUUUCAAGGGGAUAAUGCACCUGGGUCAAAAGCUUUUGUUCGAGGAGGAUUGAUUAAUCCUAAUGAGAGAUUGAAGACAGAUUCUGACGGUGAAAAGUCCAAAGAUGGGGUAUCUGUUCCAAAGAAGGGAAGUAGGUAUGUUCCAUCUUUCAUACCGCCUCCUCUGGCAUCCAAGGGGAAAGAAUCUGAGAAAAAAAAGGAGGAGGAGAAGCCAAGAGAGAGAGAAAAAGGGAAGUCUCGAAACAUAGAUCAUUUCAUGGAGGAGCUGAAGCAUGAGCAAGAGAUGAGGGAAAGGCGAAAUCAAGAACGUGAACAUUGGCGUGAUGGGCGCCACAAUGAAAAUACUGCACCAUCUAGUCGUUUUGAUGAACUACCUGAUGACUUUGAUCCAAGUGGAAAGCUUCCUGGAUCAUUUGAUGAUGGUGAUCCACAAACUACUAAUCUAUAUGUUGGAAAUCUCUCACCACAGGUUGAUGAAAAUUUUCUUUUGCGAACAUUUGGAAGAUUUGGGCCUAUUGCUAGUGUGAAGAUAAUGUGGCCUAGGACAGAAGAGGAGCGAAGACGCCAAAGAAAUUGUGGCUUUGUAGCUUUUAUGAAUAGAGCUGAUGGGCAGGCUGCAAAGGAUGAAAUGCAAGGGGUGGUUGUUUAUGAAUAUGAGUUGAAGAUUGGAUGGGGUAAGUCUGUUGCUCUUCCAUCACAAGCACUACCUGCUCCUCCACCAGGACAUAUGGCCAUCAGGAGUAAGGAGGGUGCCACUGUAAUCCUGUCUGGUCCAUCAGGUCCACCUGUUACGUCUGUUCCAAAUCAGAAUUCUGAAUUGGUUCUAACUCCAAAUGUUCCUGAUAUUACGGUUGUGCCACCUGAGGAUGAUCACCUCCGUCACGUGAUUGAUACAAUGGCUUUAUAUGUUUUGGAUGGAGGAUGCGCCUUUGAACAAGCAAUUAUGGAGAGAGGUAGAGGCAAUCCUCUUUUCAACUUUUUGUUUGAGCUUGGCUCAAAAGAGCAUACCUACUAUGUCUGGAGGCUUUAUUCAUUUGCUCAGGGUGAUACACUGCAAAGGUGGAGAACAGAACCUUUCAUUAUGAUAACUGGUAGUGGAAGAUGGAUACCACCUCCUCUGCCAACAGUGAAAAGCCCAGAGCAUGAAAAAGAGUCUGGCACAACAUAUGCUGCAGGAAGAAGCAGGCGUGUAGAGCCAGAAAGAACUCUAACUGAUUCACAGAGGGAUGAGUUUGAGGAUAUGUUGCGUGCAUUAACAUUAGAGAGGAGUCAGAUAAAGGAAGCUAUGGGAUUUGCAUUGGAUAAUGCUGAUGCAGCUGGAGAGAUAGUAGAAGUUCUAACAGAAUCAUUGACACUUAAGGAGACCCCUAUCCCAACUAAAGUUGCAAGACUUAUGCUUGUCUCUGAUGUACUUCACAACAGUAGUGCUCCUGUAAAGAAUGCAUCUGCAUAUCGUACAAAAUUUGAGGCAACGUUACCGGACGUAAUGGAGAGUUUUAAUGAUUUGUAUCGAAGCAUUACUGGAAGGAUCACUGCUGAAGCCCUGAAGGAACGAGUGCUGAAGGUAUUGCAAGUAUGGUCAGACUGGUUUCUGUUUUCUGAUGCAUAUGUGAAUGGAUUACGAGCUACCUUUCUUCGAUCUGGGAACUCGGGUGUGGUUCCUUUUCACUCAAUAUGUGGUGAUGCACCGGAAAUAGAAAAAAAGACCAGUUCUGAGGAUACAGGUGAUGCAGGUAAUAAGAUGAACCAAGAUGCUGCUUUAGCAAUGGGAAAAGGUGCAGCAACACAGGAGUUGAUGAAUCUUCCCCUUACUGAGCUGGAAAGACGUUGCAGACAUAAUGGGUUGUCUCUAGUUGGUGGUCGGGAAAUGAUGGUUGCACGAUUACUGAGUCUGGAAGAGGCAGAAAAACUGAGGGGCUAUGAGUUAGAUGAUGACUUGAAAUAUGGUCAAACUCAUUCAACUUCAGUGAGAUAUUCCAGUAGCAGGAGAGAAAUGAACAAUGAAUCAGAGCCUGGGGGUUUGUCUGGAUGGAAUCGUUAUGUGGAGGACGAGUUGGAGUCUCAAGGGAAAGGGUCUUUACCUUUGGCGCAGAUCCUUCCCAUACCACAGCCUGAACUAAAAGCGUUCACAAAGAAAGAGAAAAAUGAUCCUAUUUUGCCAGCUUCUAAAUGGGCUAGAGAGGAUGAUGAUAGCGAUGAUGAACAAAAGAGAAGUGCUAGGGGUCUUGGUUUAAGCUACUCAUCAUCUGGUAGCGAAAAUGCUGGUGAUGGUCCUAGUAAGGCUGAAGAGAUGGAGUUUGCAACUGAUUCAAGCAUUCUGGCACAGCAUGACAGUGGAAUGUCUGAGGAACAGAGGCAAAAGUUGAGACGUCUUGAAGCUACUUUGAUUGAAUAUCGUGAAUCUCUUGAGGAGCGAGGUAUUAAAAAUCCCGAAGAGAUUGAGAGGAAAGUAGCAAUUCAUCGUAAACGGCUUGAAUCUGAGUAUGGGUUAUCAGAUUCUAAUGAAGAUGCUUCUGGGAGUAGGAAAUCUUCAGAGAGGAGGGACAGACAUGAAGCCCAUGAUACAUCAAGAAAAAGGCACCGUAGCCCUAGCCGGAAUGAAAGCCCUCAACGAAAAUCAUCAAACCGAGAUAGAGAGAGAGAACAUGAUUCGGACAGGGAGCGAGAAAGACAUAGGGAUAGGGACAGAGAGAGAGGACAUGAUUUUGAAACUGAAAGGGGCAGGGAGCGGGAUCGGGAACGUGAAAAAAGUGGAAGUAGAGAAAGGGAUGAUCAUGAGAGGGACAAAGGCAGAGAAAGAGACAGAGAUAGAAGACGGAGGGCAAAAUGAGUGUGUUGAUGUAGGUACCUCCAGUAUGAGUUGCGUGGGUAAUUAAGUUAGAAGUAGAUCAUUUUUUUUGAGCUGUUUCGGAAGGUGUGAUAGGAUAAUUUAAAAUGAAGAGAUGCCAACUUCAUGUUGGAUAUGAACAGCUAUGGUCUAUGGAAGAAUCCUGUAAUUUUAAGGUUGAGAAAAAUGUUCCCUCACCCUCGAUCUCCUUUACAAGGAAAUAUUAUUCUUGCUGAGAACAUUGUAUCCAAAUGUAUUUUGAUUUCAAUUUGAAACACAUCACUUUGUUGUUUUUAA